AGACUAAAUAGUUUUUAAUUCUAGAUUUUGUAUAGUCUGUUUUUACUAAAAUGGCAUUAAUUGAAAAGAUGCAAAUUCAAGGUAUUCGAAGUUAUCCACCUCAUGAUUCUGCUGUAAUUGAAUUUCAGACACCGCUCACCUUGAUUGUUGGUAAAAAUGGAACAGGGAAAACAAGCAUUAUUGAAAGUUUAAAAUAUAUUACAACUGGAAAACUCCCUCCAGACUGCCAAGCGCAAGCAUUUAUUCAUGAUCCUAAGCUUGCUGGUGAGAAAGAAGUAAAAGGACAAGUAAAAUUAAAGUUUCGAGACUCAAAUGGAAAUCGUAUUAUUUGCUCCAGAACAACUGUAUCUACACAAAAGGAAAAAAAGAUUGUAACAAAGUCUUUGGAUGGUGUUAUUAUGAAAAUAAGUCCUAAUGGUGAGAAAGAAAGCAUCAAUAGCCGUUGCACUGAUCUAUCAAAGGAAAUUGUAUCUCGACUUGGUGUACCUAUGUCUGUACUUGAAAAUGUUAUUUUCUGCCAUCAGGAAGAUGCUAAUUGGCCACUAAGUGAAGGGAAAAUUUUAAAACAAAAGUUUGAUUCAAUAUUUGCUGCAACAAAGUAUAUACAAGCUUUGGAGUGUAUACGAAAUCUCCGUAAGGACCAGGUUCAGUUAGUUAAAGACUAUAAUCGAGACCUUGUACAUCUUACACAAAAGAAAGACAAAGCGCAAGAGAUUCAGUCAGAUCUUUGUAGAGCACAAGGUCAAUUACAAACAACUAAAGACCAACUUAAAAAAAUUGUUUCUGCAAUGCAACCUAUUGAAUGUCAACUGGAACAACUUAACUCUGUAUCAGAGGAGGUUUUUAAGCGUGAGAAAGAAUUAGGGACUUUAGAAGCAACUAAAGAACAUUUGAAAAAAAAUGCUUUACAACUGAGAAAUAAUAUUUCAAACUUGUUUGAAGGUGAACUAAGUGAGUUGGAGAAAAAGCGUGCUGAAUUUAGUGGAACAUUACAAGUGAAACAAAAAAGUUUAAUUGGUCUGCAAACUAUGAUAAGCGGAUUUGAAACUGAUAUAAAGAAACUAAAUGAAACACGAGCUAACCUUGAUAAAGAACAUGGAAAGCUUCAGCAAGAAGCUCAGACACAUAGUGUUUUGGUUGCAGAGAGAGACAACUUCAUUAAAAAAAUAUCUUCAAAACUUGAUCUAUCAGGUUUUAAUGAGGAUACUUUUACUCCCGAAUGUGCCGAUCAGUUUUUACAAAAAUUAAAAGAUUUAUUUCAAUCAAUUGUUUCAGAAGGAAAAAAAUCUAGGAGCAAUUAUGAAAGCCAGUUGAAUACAUUGGAAGAGGAAAUAAAAAAUUGUGAAAAGGAAAUUAAUGGUAUUGAGGGGGCAGUAAAUGAAAAGCAAAGUAUAAUUAACAAUAACUUAGUGAAAAUAAGAAGAAUCGAAAAUGAUCUUGGUUCACUAUCUUCUGCUGCAACUCGACUUCAAUCUCUUGAAUCUCAGUCUAAAACUGUAAAGGAAGAAUUAGAUGAGUAUAAACAGAGUGUUGAUUCAAACACUAUAAAUAAAGACAUAGAGAGGCUUAAAAUUAAAAAAAAGGAGGCAGAUGCUAAACUUGCCAAGUUAAAGCAAGAGCAAUCAAUGAUCUACCAACAAUCAAAAGCACAGAAUAACGUUGAGUCUUUUCUGAAAGAUCAAGUAUCAAAGCGUGAUAACAUUGAAGCAUUGUUAAACACUCAUCUUCCUAAAUUAGAAUCAUUAUUUGGAUUCAAAAAAGUUCCUCCUAAAGAAGAUCUGAAGAAAGAGUUAUACACUUACAUUAAAAAAAAAGAAUCAGAAGUGAAAAAUGAACGACAGAAACAUUUUGAAGUUGCUCAAAGACUUGCAGGGUUCGAAAGUAAUCAAAAGACAAUUAUAAAUCAAUUAAAAGAAAAAGAGCUAGAGUUUCAAAAAAAAGAAAAGGAAGUGUAUAAUGUUUGUAAAGAUAAUAACUAUUCAACCUACAAAGAUUCCAUUCAGCAAAAAAUAGAAAAGAUUUCCAACUCACUUGUUGAAAUGGGAGCUUUUGAGAAGAUAUAUCAAAAAUAUAUUUCGAAACUUCAACAAGAAAAUAGUCAAGAAAAGGGUUGCCCUCUCUGUCACAGAGAGUUCAAGAAUACAAAAGAAGUUAAAAAUCUUAUCGAAGAGCUUUCAUGUAAACUGGAAUCUGUUCCCAAAAAACGAUUGCAAAAUGAAAAACUUAUAGAGGAAGAAAAAAAUCUUCAUAAGAAGUUAGAAAGUCUUAUCCCUAUAAAAGCUUCUUUAGAUAACUUAAUUAUUGAAAUUCCAAAGUUAAAGUCAAAUUUAGCCAACUUAAAUAAAGAAAUUGAAAAUGAAAAAAAUAAAUUGGUUGAGCUCGAUGAAAAAUUUAAAAUAGCCGAGGGUGAUGAAAAGAAGGCACGUUCAAUGGAAAUUGAUAUAAGCAAAAUAAAUGACUAUAUAUCAGAUUUAAAAGAGUUGGAUACUAAGAUUGAACGAGAACGAAUCAAUCUUGUUGGUAUAAUGCCCGGCCGUACUUUACAGUCAAUUGCAGAUGCUGUUAAUGAUGCUGAGAGUGAAGUUGGUAAUUUUUCAAAGAACAUAAAUUUUCAAGAACAAGUUCUUUUAGACUAUCAAAAAAAAACUAACAUACUGGAAACAAAAUUUAAUAAUCUUCAUGCUGAAAAGCUUUUUUUACAAAGUAAACUUCAAGAACGGUUAACUCUUGAAAGUCAAUUAAAAGAGCUAAAGUCAACAAAUGAAACAUAUAACCAUGAAAUAAAAGAUUCUUCUAUCAAGCUCCAACCUUUGCGUUCUAAACUAUCAGUAAAAUCUGCUUCUAAAUCUAAAGUAACAAAAGAAAAAGAAGAAAAUGAAGAAACAAUCAGAAUAAAACUUCUUGAUAUCAAAGAUAAUGGUAAUAAGAUAAAAGAAUGGACAGAGAAAAUUGACAGUUACAUUAAAGAAGGCAAAGAAAAUGCAGUUAUGGUAAAUCAAACGCGAUCCAAAAGUGUUGAGUUGGAGUUAAAAAGAACUGAAGAAAAUCGUAAGAAAAGGUCAGAAGAGAUUGCAAAAAUUACUGAUGAGAUUUCUAAGCAAGAGAUUAGAGCAAGAGAAAUUGAGGAUAAUAUCAAGUGGAUAAAAAAUAUGAAUGAAAUAGAUUUGAUUGAAAAACAAAUUUUGAAACUUAAAGCAGACUUGUCCAAAUAUGGUGAUUACAAAAGAUUUGUUCAAGAAAAAGAAGAUUUGCAAACACAAUUAGAUAAAUGCAGAUUAAAAAAAGCUGAAAUAGAAGCUUCUAAAAAAGGAUUUGAAUCUGAAAUAGGAAGAUGUGAGCGAGAUUUAGCCAGUGCUAUGUAUGCAAAUGCAGAACCAAAAUAUUGUGAAAAAGUUAUUGAAAUAAAGACAACUGAGUUUGCUAGUUCUGAUCUUGCAAAAUAUUACAAAGCAUUAGAUAGUGCUAUAAUGCGUUACCACAGUUUAAAGUUGGAUGAAAUAAAUAAAAUAGUUAAAGAGUACUGGGUAAAAACUUACAAAGGAAAUGAUAUUGACACUAUAGAAAUCAUAGCAGAAGAUGAAGAAGGAAAUGGAGCAUCAAAAGCAAGACGAUCAUAUAAUUAUAGGGUAGUCAUGCUAAAAGGUGGAGUUUAUCUUGACAUGAGGAGCAGAUGCAGUGCUGGACAAAAAGUUUUAGCAUCACUCAUUAUACGGUUAGCAUUGGCAGAGACUUUUUGCUUGAAUUGUGGUAUUCUGGCAUUAGAUGAACCCACAACAAACUUAGAUGAAGCUAAUAUUGAAAGUCUUGCUAACUCACUAAAAGAUAUUAUAGAAUUGCGACAGUCACAAAAAAAUUUUCAACUGCUAGUAAUAACUCAUGAUGAGAGGUUUGUCCAAGAGCUUGGAAGAUCAGAUUAUGUUGAUCAUUAUUUUAGAGUCUACAAAGAAAAUGGCUACUCAAAAAUUCACAGAUUGCUUAUGGAGACAAGAGAGUAAUCACCUUAUAUUUUACUCAAAAAUCUACAGAUCGUUGUUAUGAAAACAAGAGAAUAAUUAUCUUAUAGUCAUAGAGUUCAUAUAUAUACAAGUGACUAAUAAGUUUAGCGUUUAAAAAACCUCAAAAUUCACAGAUUGAGUAAAUGGUUAAAUAAAUGGAAAUGUUUUUAAAAACUAUAUAUAGAAUAUUUUUUGCAAUUGAAGUCAUGUAAUUUUAUGAAAAUAUAUAGGCUAAUGAAGUCUUUUUUUUAACCUUGUUAUUGUAUAUGUAACCUUGUUAUUGAAUAUGUAACCUUGUUUUUUAA